CAAGCAGCUGAAGCCUGAGAAUUGUGGUGUGUGGUGGUAGCAGACAGUGAUAUCAUAGGGACUUCAGAAUACGAAACAUUUGAAAGAAGGCAACGUGAAGAAUGCGGGAACACAUUUAGGAAGCUGAGUAUGGGAGGAAGACAUCGGUUAUUGGAGUGGGUAUCUAGUGGUGAAGCAAGUGGGAGGAGAGGUGACUACAAAGAGCAUCACGUGUAUCUGGAUAAAUCUAAUGAACUUGUCUCUUGUCCUACACAGAAGGCGAAGGACAGAUACAGUGAGAAACACGUGGUUAUUCAAGAAUUUAAAUACACAGAAAGAGGGAACUGCGUCUCCAACCCUGUCCGUGGAGGCCCCCUGUAGGAUGUCAAUACCUCCGGGGGUUCACCUGCACUGGGUGAUUAUCUCCUGGGUUUUGUGGCAUAAGCAGUUAGACUUUUAGCUACUUACGUGAUGCACUGAGAGAACAGCAUGGUUGCACCGUGCUGGCAUGCUUUUGACAAGUGCCGUUGCUAUUUUGGCACUCGGGCAAUGUCCUUUCUGUUGCACGCCGUAGCAGAGGGCUGGCCUUGGAGAUCCAAGAGGCCUCUUGCACUGUUGCUGUGAUGAUGGAUGUGAUGCAAGGAUAUGGGUAGAUCGACUCAUUAUGCGCAAUUUGAGUAAAGAGUGAGUUUGUGUUUGGCUGAGUUCUUCUAUUUAUUAUAUGACUAAAUAAAUUGAAGCCAUUUUUCCUUUUGUGGCAAUAAAUAAUCUCCGCUGCCCCAGCCUGGUGUAUGAUUUCCAUUUCUAACUCACCAGUAAAACAUAAAUAUUGGGCUCGUAUAUUACCUGAUUAUUAACAGUCAGCCAAAAUGCACGGGGGCCAGAGUUCCUUGAAACAAUAUGUGCUUUUGAUGAAUGAGGAUGCAGAGGAAGAGACAGCAGUCGUGACUCAGUAGUCAAUGAGGUUAGAAACCCAGCGUGCUUCCCAGCCCUCCUGCUGCAAUGAAAGCAUCUUCUUGCCAAGGGAUCUCAGGAAAUGCACCAACUCUGCCUUCUAGGCAGGCUGGGGUAAUUAACUUAAGUGUGGGAUGUAGCUUUUGCAGACACAUGUGAUGUUCCUUUUGAGCAUCAUAAAUCAUUUUCAUAUUAAAAGCUGGAGGAAGACCCACGGCCAUAAAACCCCUUUUGUAACAAUCUUGCUGUCCUUGCAUGUGGUUAACAUUGAAGAAGGGUGGUCAGUGAGCUCAGUGCUUAAAGGAUUAAGCUAAUAGUCGCUGCUGUUAUUGCUGCAGGGAACCCCAGUCUAUAUGCGAGCCUCUUUUACACUAGGGAGUAAAUCACAUUAGCUGCUUUAUGCACCAUUAUUGUAAAGUGGAUUCUCAUUUGAGAUACUGCAGUGGCUUUAUGGCUCCCCGAGAAGGGAAGCGGACUUUUCCCCUUGCCCAGCUUUAAUAUUCCCCUGUUCUUGUCAUCUCAGGGAAGGAACAAGAAUGGAUGUUUGGCAGCCACUGGCUCGGGUGCUUUCUCAGCACAGAGGUCGCUGCAGGUGAAGCCCCCGGAGCUUUUGUCUGUGUAUCUUCUCGUAGAGUCCCAUCGUUGAGAGAAAGCUUCCUUCCCUAACAGCAGGGAUGCAAGGAAAUACAGUUGUGUGAUCACCUACACCCGGUGGAGUGAGUGAUGGAGUUGGGUGAAAGUGAUAGGAUUAGAUAGGAGGAAAUCCCUGAAUUAAUCCUCAACAACACAGCUUUGAGAUCGCUGGAUGAAAGCCAUGUUACUGAAGAUCCCCUUGUCUUCUGGAAGGAGAAACACGGAGAAGAGAUGAAUCUACUCAGCCAGACAUUCCUCCAGUAGAUACUUCUCACCAUGGAGCACCACAGCAGGGAGGAGAUGGACUCAAAAGAGGAAAGUCCUCAGGUGUGGCCUGACUCUGCUGAGCAGGAGCAGAAUACUGCUCAGGUGCACUUUGUCCCUGAAGGAGGGGCAGUGGCACAGAUUGUGUACAGCGAUGAGCAGGACCGUCCCUCGCAGCAGGUGGUCUACACGGCGGAUGGCACCUCCUACACCUCCGUGGACACCUCGGAGCACACGCUAGUUUACAUCCAUCCUGUGGAAGCUACGCAGACUCUGUUUACAGAUCCCUCCCAAGUGGCUUACGUCCAACAGGAUGCCACUACACAGCAGGUAACUGUGCUCUUGCCUGCUGCUGCUCAGAGCAUGAAUCCCACCAACCUGUCUGUGCUUGGCAGCGUUGCUGAAUCCCCCCAGCAAAUGGCUCUGGAGCAGGGUCAACAAGCAGAUAGAGCAUCGUUACCGGUGCAUAACCAGGUGUUACCUCCUAUGGAGGCGGUGGAUGGUUCUGACCCUUUAGCACCUCUGCAGAAUCAGAUGGGAAGGAUGGAAACAAAAGAGGAAGAUGACGAGGAUGAAGAUGAGGAUGAAGAUGGGGAAGACACUGACAUGGAUGAAUGGGACCCAGAUCCACCUCGACCCUUUGAUCCCAAUGAUCUGUGGUGUGAAGAGUGUAAUAACGCACAUCCCUCGGUGUGUCCGAAACAUGGACCUCUGCAUCCAAUCCCAAACCGGCCUGUGCUGACUAGGGCAAGAGCCAGUCUCCCCUUGGUGCUCUAUAUAGACAGGUUUUUGGGAGGCGUGUUCUCCAAAAGGCGUAUCCCCAAACGCACACAGUUUGGACCUGUGGAAGGACCUCUGGUUAGACAAACUGAACUCAAAGACUGCUAUAUCCAUCUGAAGGUGUCUCUUGAUAAGGGUGACAGAAAAGACAGAGAUUUGCAAGAGGACCUGUGGUUUGAACUUUCUAGUGAGGCUCUUUGUAACUGGAUGAUGUUUGUGCGUCCAGCUCAAAACCAUUUGGAGCAGAACCUGGUUGCGUAUCAGUACGGCCACCAUAUUUAUUACACAACCAUUAAAAAUGUGGAGCCCAAACAGGAACUCAAGGUGUGGUACGCUGCCUCGUACGCAGAAUUUGUGAACCAGAAGAUCCAUGACAUAUCUGAGGAGGAAAGGAAGGUUCUCAGAGAGCAAGAGAAGAACUGGCCGUGUUAUGAGUGCAACCGUCGCUUCAUGAGCUCAGAGCAACUCCAGCAGCACCUUAACUCCCAUGAUGAGAAGCUGGACUUCUUCAGCAGAGCCAGAGGCAGAGGUCGUGGGCGAGGAAAGAGGAGGUUUGGACCAGGCAGACGCCCAGGGCGCCCUCCCAAAUUCAUGCGUAUGGAAGUAACCAGUGAAAAUGGAGAAAAGUGUGAAGAAGGAACACAGGACUUGCUGCAUUUUUCCAGCAAGGGGCAGUUUGAUGAGGCCGGACAAGCAACACUGAAUGGGUUGGAGCAGCAGGAGCAGACUCCAGUGCCAUCAGAGACACAGUCGGCACUGGAGCAGCAGUCAGAAAACCACCCACUACAGAUCCAGCCGCAGCACGAUGAGAGCACGGUGCCUACACAGAGCACCAUGACAGCAGAUGACAUGAGGCGAGCAAAACGUAUCAGGAAUGCAGCUCUUCAGCACCUGUUUAUCCGGAAAUCCUUUCGCCCGUUCAAAUGCCUCCAGUGCGGGAAGGCGUUCCGGGAAAAGGACAAACUGGAUCAGCACUUGCGGUUUCAUGGACGGGAGGGGAACUGCCCUUUGACUUGUGACAUCUGCAACAAGGGCUUCAUCAACAGUGGUGCUCUUGAGAGCCACAUGAAGUUCCACAUGGAUCAGAAAACGUACUCCUGCAUUUUCUGUCCUGAGUCCUUUGACCGCUUGGAUCUGCUUAAAGAUCAUGUGGCCAUCCACGUUAACGAUGGGUAUUUCACCUGCCCUACCUGCAAAAAGCGCUUUCCAGAUUUUAUCCAGGUCAAGAAACACGUACGCAGUUUCCAUUCAGAAAAGAUUUAUCAGUGCACAGAAUGUGACAAGGCUUUCUGCCGUCCUGACAAGCUGCGCCUCCAUAUGUUGCGACACUCAGACCGCAAAGACUUCCUGUGCUCCACGUGUGGCAAGCAGUUCAAGAGGAAAGACAAACUGCGAGAGCACAUGCAGAGGAUGCAUAACCCAGAAAGGGAGGCCAAGAAAGCUGACCGAAUCAGCCGCUCAAAAACUUUCAAGCCUCGCAUAGCUUCCACUGACUAUGAAAGCUUCAUGUUCAAGUGCCGCCUGUGCAUGAUGGGUUUCCGCCGGAGGGGAAUGUUGGUGAAUCAUUUAUCAAAGAGACAUCCAGACAUGAAAAUAGAAGAGGUGCCAGAGCUCACGUUGCCCAUCAUCAAACCCAACAGAGAUUAUUUCUGUCAGUACUGUGAUAAGGUGUACAAAAGUGCCAGCAAGCGCAAAGCGCAUAUCCUGAAGAACCAUCCUGGUGCUGAGCUACCUCCAAGCAUCCGGAAGCUGCGCCCUGCAGGCCCAGGAGAGCCAGAUCCCAUGCUGAGCACCCACACUCAGCUGACAGGCACUAUAGCCACCCCUCCGGUCUGCUGUCCUCAUUGUUCCAAACAGUACAGCAGUAAGACGAAGAUGGUACAGCACAUUCGCAAGAAGCACCCGGAGUUUGCUCAGCUCCCUAACACAAUACAUGCCCCGCUGGCGACAGCUGUCAUCAGCUCCACUCCUGCCGUUCUAACCACUGACAGCACUACUGGAGAGACUGUUGUGACAACAGAUUUACUGACGCAAGCGAUGACGGAGCUGUCCCAGACCCUCACAACAGACUAUCGAACUCCCCAGGGAGAUUACCAGCGGAUCCAGUACAUCCCUGUGUCUCAGUCCACGACAGGCUUGCAACAGCCUCAGCACAUACAGCUGCAGGUUGUUCAAGUGGCCCAGGCUACCUCACCUCACCAGUCCCAGCACUCCACAGUAGAUGUUGGGCAGCUUCAUGACCCCCAGACGUACACACAGCAUGCCAUCCAGGUGCAGCACAUCCAGGUCACAGAGCCAUCAUCAGCAACUCAGCCAUCAUCACAGGUUGGGGGUCAACCUAUGAGUCCCUCCUCACAACAAUCUCAGCAGGAACUUAGCCCCUCGCAGAUGCAGACAGCUACAUCUACACAAAACCAAUCCCUCCAGCAGCAGCAAGGGUCUUCAGUCCAGCACACAUAUCUUCCCAGCACAUGGAACUCAUUUCGGAGCUACUCAUCUGAGAUUCAGAUGAUGGCCAUUCCUCAAGGCCAGUAUGUGAUCACAGAGACAGCUGUAGGUACACCUGUCACCACUGUCAACACAGGGCAAGUGAAAGCAGUUACUCAGACUCACUAUGUGAUAUCUGAAGGUCAACCUGAUUUGGAUGUCAAACAAAACUCUUCGCUCUCCAGUGAGGUACAGGUUGGUGUUUCCCAGCCACCAGCCCAUGCUGAUACGUUGGAAUCUCAAACGAGUAAUCAGCAGCAAACAACCCAGUACAUAAUCACUACAACCACCAAUGGGAAUGGGGGCAGUGAAGUGCACAUCACUAAACCAAGAACUUUCUCAGCAGAACAUGAAUGAAGAAGCCUUGCAUUGUCAUUUGCUUGUACUUUCCACCUCCCCCAGAAGCCCAAAUAUAUGGGUAUCCUGGAGCUCAAUAUGUUUUAAAGUAUAUGCUCACUUAACUUCAACUAAAAUAUUGGAGCUCUUCUUAAUGCUUUAAGAGGGUUGAAGUCCUCAGUGACCAUGAAGAAGUACUCUCAAAAUCCUUCUGGGAUACUAUUUUAUGCAGCUUUUAACAAAAAGGACAAAAGGAGAAAUUAAACCUGCUUGCCCUGGACUUUUUUGGCAUGUCUGCUGACCCUUGUUUCUUCCUUCAGGGAAGUGUCUCUGGUAAACAACUCUUAUUUCAACUGGAAGGGAAAAGCUUGCCCAACUGAAGGCUAAUUGGCAGAUUAUGUUGUAUGUGUAUUUUUAAUAGGAGCUGUUAAACAAGAGUAUGGCAGAACCGCUUCUUCUGUCUUUGUUUCAACAGCCAAGGUGAAAGGGAAUAUAUGCUUGAGAGCAGACUGCCUGAAGAAAAAGGGCAGCAGCAAAGCAAUGACUGUGUAUGUGUGUGGGGAUGGAUAUAGCAAUGAAGCUGUGAAGACGUGCAGAAGCAGUCCAUUAAAUUAUUAUUUUUCCAACCCCUCAAACUGUUUACAUGCUGUCUCCCCUGCCCUACUUUACCAAGCAGUUCCAGAAGAAGGAAAAGUGCAGUCUUAACCCCAUGUUUGGAACAAACUGAUCAAAACCCUAGCAGCACAUAAUGGUAAUACAGAGCUACUGUUAUCUCUUUUCCCCUCCAGAGUUUGCAGGGAAAAUUGCCUUUUUGCCUGUAAACAAAAAAGUUUCACCUUAGCCUGCAUAGCAGCUUCUGCUGUGACCUCUAGCGAUAGUUGUGCCAGGAGAAGCAGGUACAGGAGUACACCUCUGAAGAUGCAGGGUAGUUAUCUCUGUUGCCACCUCAAAGUGGAUGUAUUUUUCUCUUGAAGACUGAAUGGAGAGUUGGUUAUGCUGAUUUUCCAAACACCUUGUUAACAAUGCACUGUAAUUCCUUUGGACAGUUUCAUAAAAUGACCAGCCUUGGACUCAGGAAACACGUACAAGAAAAACACCAAUGGACCACUAUUUAUGGGACACAGAAAGCCAUCUGCAAGAGUUGCCUGCUUUGGUAGACCUGGUCUACGUACAGAACUCAUGUUAUUCUUAGGGACCAGGAGAAAGGGAAAGUUUUAUCUUUUAAGGCAGUGUAUUUUUUUCUUACAUAAUUCCCCUUCAUGGGUCUUGUUGGUUGGUUAUUUAAUGCAUUCUGGUAUUUGCAAGAAUAUGACUACAUCUCCAUUUACUGUUGAUGGGAUAUACUGUUUGUGUCUAAACCUCCAUUCACUCUGCUUGAAACCUCAUCCCAGAAUGUCAGUGCACCAUAGGAUACAUUUAUUUAUAAAACAAAAGCAAAUAAGUAAGUUUUGUCUUAAUGGCCCUUGAGAAAGGCCAGAAGAACUAAGAGAGGAUCUGUUUUUUUUUUUUUUUUAAAUUAAUUUCUUCUUAAAUUGCAUCGAGCGUGAAUCUGGAACUCUUGUGUUUGUACUCCCACAGAUUGAGAUGAGGAUUAACCAUGUGAGUAGGUGUUACACAUGUUUACAGGUUGUGGUGUCAGGCCUUACAGAGUUAAAGCUCUUAGACAUGAGAGAACACUCAGACUCAAAAAGUGGAUGUCUUGUUACUUGCUGGCAAAGCCUUGUAGCAUGUAUUGCUUCAGUAAAUAACAUUUUAAAUAUGGUAUGGAAAUAGUGACUGCACAUGAUGAGGUAAAUCCUGUUUAAAAUAUUGGACAGCUCAGAACUGUUUCAAGGUAGCUUGAAGUGAGUUGCCAAAACAUAGAUUAAUUUGUGCCUGGGAUUUCUCUUCUCUUACUGCAACCACUGUACUGGGGCAUUAACUAACAACUGCGGCAUUAACAAGAUUGGUAAAAGUUAAUGAAGACCUGAGCUCCCAUUUAGUGUAGUGCAGUGAUGAGUCCUUCAGUUCAAUGGAUUUGGGAGGUCAUCUACUUUAGCAAUGCAGCCAAGCAACUGCAGUUGUCCUUGAUUCAUUUGAAGUCAUGUUGCUGAGCACUUCUGAGUAACAGGCCAUUACAAUGUUCGUCUGGGCGAGCAGAAGGGAGCUCUUGGUUUUGGCUUUGCCUUGUGGCAUCUUUUUCAAGAAAAGGGUCUGUUUUCAGACUGCUAGAUUAAUAACACGAAUCAAAUGUGGUACGAGUAAUAGGAAAAUGGGAAACCUGGAAAUGGGAUAUUGCAAAUGCACACUGUUCUACAGGAGCAUUUUUUAAGUCUUAAAAGCUCUAUAGUCUUUAGAGAUGAUCAAACUUUGUCUUUAACGAUAUUGCAAAUGUGGGAUAAAACAAAAAAACUUUGUUAUAUUCAACUUUGUCAGAAAGGAUCACAGAAUGAGGUUGCUUGUUCUUGUACCAGUUAUUUAAAGCUGAAAACUACAGGGUGUUCCAGAAAACAAUUGUAAAACAGCGUCUUUGAACUCACAUGUUCCUUGUCAGAGUUUCUGCUCUGUCCCACAGUAACAGUAGUAUACUUAUCCAUCAGCUUGACACCAGCAUUAAGUGAUUCACUGUGUCUUAAGUCAAACUGAUGCCUCAUUGGGGGAGAAGCGUCCCUGGAAAUCAAGCAUUGUGAGUUCUCAUUCCAAAGUAAUAAAAUAUAGUGAUUACCCAGACUGGGGGAGAGAGCAGAACAGCCCCACAGCACAGCUGUGCUACAGGGACUGCUUUUAAAAAGAAGACAAAAGCAAAACACAACAAAAAUAGCCAAGUUUGCUUUUUUUUUUCCAGUUUCUGCAGUGCAGAAGGCAUAGGAUUUACUAUAUUUUAUUCUUUUUUUUUUUUUUUUUUUUUUAAACCAGAACCACCCCAAACAUCUGUCUCUUAAAAUAAUGUCCUACUGGAGCUUAACGCUGCAGUACUCUGCUACCUGCACAGGGCACGUUUUGCUCAAAGAUGGGAAUUGCCAUGGGCCCUUCUGGGGCCUCAGGCUUUUCUGUGUAGGUGUUUUAGGUCAGUUUCUGUACCCCCACCCCGUUAAAAAUUAAAAUUUAAAAAAAAAUUUACGCCUCUCAGACUGCUCGGGCACUUGGGACAAAACGUGGCUGUUUCCAUGGGAUGCUGCAGUGGCUGUCCCACAUCGCUCUGCCCGCUGUUAUUUAAAUGUGUAUGUUUAUUGUACAUUCAGUGACUGUUCUAGUGUUAAUAGUCUUGUGCUACCUGGCAGGUGUAAAAACGAAAUUAAUAAAUUUCUUUUUUUU